CAGCCAGUUCACAUGCAUUGCGUCUCAGCAAAACAAGUGGCUCGCUGAUUGGACAUAAGCAACAGAUUUCUCGUUGGAAUCAAACCUAAUCGGUACAGGUUUUUUUUUUUUUUUUAACAGACUUUUCUUGGUACAAUGUCUAACGGUCAUGAAGAAUACAUGACAUUAAACUACAUGGACAUCAGCCGCUCUUCUUAACUUUAUCCAAGUAAACUUUUGCAUUAACCAACGUGGAACCAAAACUCCAGUUCUGGAAUGGUGGAAGAUUGCUUUUUCUAUAUUUUGGUUCCUUUUCCUUGCAAGGCAUCACUUCAUUGUCUUCCCUUCCUUUAUCUCCACUCAAAAAUAUGUUUAUUUCCAUCUCCAUAAGUACUGUUGCUCAGCAAAGACCUUUGACAACCAGCCAAAGUGAGAUCAACGUAACAGGAAAAGAGAAUUGAGAAAGCUUCAGUUAUGGAGAUUAAGGUACAAGGUGAAGAAUCUCAUGAACAUGGUGAACAUAAAGUACCUCUCCUGCAAGAUUUGCCUGAAUCUGAAAGUGAAAAGAAAAGCCUCAUACAAAAGGCAAUCAGUCAAACAUUUCAAAGCACAGCACAUUUGGCUAAUCUAUUGCCCACUGGAACCGUUCUCGCUUUCCAACUUCUCUCGCCCAUAUUCACAAACCAAGGCAACUGUGACUCAGUCAGUCGGUCCAUGACGGCUGGCCUCAUACUGCUUUGUGGAUUAUCAUGUUUCCUGAUGAGCUUCACAGAUAGUUUCAGAGACAAGAAAGGCAAUGUCUAUUAUGGCUUUGCCACAUUUAAUGGGUUGUGGGUCAUUGACGGUUCAGUCACUCUUCCACCGCAAUUUGCUGCAAAAUACCGUCUGCAUUUUAUAGAUUUCAUGCAUGCCUUCAUGUCAAUACUAGUAUUUGCAGCUGUGGCACUAUUUAAUCAGAAUGUCGUAAGUUGCUUUUACCCAACACCAUCAACUGAAGCUCAGGAGAUCCUCGCAGCACUGCCAGUUGGGAUAGGCAUCUUUUCCAGUAUGCUGUUUGUUGUCUUUCCUACCACACGGCAUGGAAUUGGCUUCCCCCUGUCUGCAAAUUAACAUUUUCCCCUUUUUGUAAGAGAUUCAAAUACCCGUAUGUUUCCAACGUCAUGAAACUCUUCUAAUGCCAAUGUACUCAUCCUUCACUUCUGAUCUCUUCAAAAGUGCAGAUGAUGAGACCACUUAUUGUUAUAACUCUAUAAUCUCAGUCAGCUUUAACCUCUUGGUCCAGUUGCUAAAUAAACUAGAAUUCUUUGACAAUGAUCCUGUAUUAGUUCCCAUUAAGGAAAGUUCUUAGAGAAUGAUCCUGUAUUAGUUCCCAUUAAGGAAAGUAAGUAACAAACCAUAAUACAUGGUUCAGAAUUCAGAGACAUCAUCAGUUGCAUAAAAACUCAGUCAGUAAAUAAGUAAAUGAGAAAUGAAGUGAAAAUCCAACAGCAAACAAGUGUUGCUGAAUUAUGUCAUUGUAGGAAAAGAGAAAAGGAAUGGUUUAUUGUACAAGUAAU